AUGGCGUACCUUCUUUUAUAUGUGGAUGAUAUCAUUCUCACUGCUUCUAGUGACUCCUUGCUUCGCAACAUCAUUAAGUCACUAUCUGCUAAGUUCAACAUGACCGACCUAGGAAAAUUGCAUCACUUCUUGGGUAUAGCAGUUCAACAACAAAAGCACAGUUUCUUUUUAUCACAAUCGAUAUAUGCGGCUGACAUUUUAUCUCGUGCAAACAUGACCAAUUGCAACUCUGUUAGCACACCAGUUGAGGUUGGAUUAAAACUCAGCGCCACCCAUGGUGUCCCAUUUUCUGACAGUUCCUUGUAUCGCAGCUUGGCGGGUGCCUUGCAGUACCUCACCAUUACUCGCCCUGACAUAUCCUAA